UGUGAAUUUGGCUUCCUUUUUUCUUUCUUGCUUCGAAAAAUGGAACAGGGUGGCACAGGAUUGAACUGUGUUCUUGCAAAUUCAACACCUUUAUCAAGACUUCUGUCAAACAAUGAUGAGGGUGUGGAUUUCAAGAUAAAGUUUUUCACAGUUGCUGGUAAGAGACUGAAGCUCACUAUUUGGGACACAGCUGGUCAAGAGAGGUUUGGAACAGUAAUAAGUUCUUAUUACAGAGGUGCACAUGGAAUCAUUCUUGUCUAUGAUGUGACACGACGCGAGACAUUUACAAAUCUCAUCGAUAUAUGGGCAAAAGAAGUUGAGCUUUACUCUACUAAUCAUGAUAGCAUCAAAAUUCUUGUUGGAAAUAAGGUGGAUAAGGAGAGUGAAAGAGCCGUAAGCAAAGAAGAGGGAAUGGCACUUGCACAGCAACAUAGAUGCUUGUUCCUAGAGUGUAGUGCUAAAACUAGAGAAAAUGUUCAGCAAUGCUUUAAUGAUCUCUCAUUGAAGAUAUUAGAUGUGCCAGGUUUAAGGGAAAAGGGGUCUCUUGCAGUGAGAAGGCAAAAUCAAAAACAGUUGUAUGAGACAUCUCAAAGAGGUGGUUGCUGUUCUUAGUAAAUAUGCAGCACCAUGAUAUGUUUAAUAGAUUUUUCAAUAGGGAUACUAUAGUUACUAUAGCAGGGUUUUUGUAUCAUAUCAAUUGUCACAUUCAGAUAGUUUGGAUGAUCGUAUGCUCCAGCCUAUUUCCAUAACUCUCACAAGAGGAUGCUUGAGAUGGAUAUUUCCAUAAUUUU